CCACCCUACAAGGCCGUUUUAUCGCAGAAUUUGGCGUGCAGUGGACGUCCGAGCUGUGACUUGAGAAAGAAAUCAUCAUGGCGGGGGGGCAGAGUCUUCUCCUCCUUCUCAUGGUGGCCGUCUGUUUCCAUGGCAAUGCUGCACAGAGGACAGUGUGCACUCAAGAAGCCGUGGCCGACCUGGUCUUCAUGGUGGACGGGUCGUGGAGCAUCGGCGCAGAGAAUUUCAAGCAGAUCCGCCAGUUUUUGUCCACACUGGUCAACAGCUUUGACAUAGGCCCUGACCGGGUCCGUAUCGCUCUGAUCCAGUACAGCAACACACCGAGAACAGAGUUUCUGCUCAACACCUUCCAGAAGAAGGCCGACAUCCUCCGGUACAUCAGCACGCUGCCCUACAUGGGUGGUGGCACCCACACGGGUCAAGGCCUAGACUUCAUGUUGAGUAAUCAUUUUGUGGAAGAGGCCGGGAGCAGGGCGAGCCAGAAUGUCCCCCAGAUCGCUGUGGUUAUCACGGACGGAAAAUCGCAAGAUAACGUGGAGUCUCAAGCUCUGGAGCUCAGGAGGAAAGGAAUCAUCUUGUAUGCUAUCGGGAUUAAAGACGCAGACGUAGAUCAGCUAAGGGAGAUAGCCAACGAACCGCACAGUCAGCACGUCUACAGCGUGUCUGACUUUGCCGCACUCCAGGGAAUUUCUCAGAGCAUCGCACAAACCUUGUGCACAACGGUGGAGGAAGCCAAACGACAACUUCUACAGUUGUCUCAAGAAUGUGCCAAAGCCUCAGUGGCUGAUGUAGUCUUCCUGGUGGAUGGAUCUUCUAGCAUUGGUAUUGCCAACUUCCAGGAGGUCCGAGGGUUUCUCCGAACCGUGGUGGCCGGUUUUGACAUUGGUCCCGACAAGGUCCGCGUAGGUUUGGCGCAAUACAGUGACGAAACCUUUCAAGAGUUCCUGUUGAAAGAUCACAUGGACAAGAAGUCUCUACUGGCAGAACUGGACAAGUUCCCCUAUCGGACGGGGGGCACGGAGACGGGCAGGGCCAUGGACUUUGUGCGGACGCAGUUUUUCACGAAAAGCGCCGGUAGCCGAGCGAACCAGAGAGUGCCCCAGAUCGCUGUGGUCAUCACGGAUGGAGACUCAACUGACGACGUGGUGGCUGCCGCUCAGCGCCUCAGACAACACGGGGUCAUCGUCUUCGCGAUCGGAGUUGGACAAGCCAACAUGGUCGAGCUGGAGGCCAUCGCCAACAGACCAUCUGAUCACUUCCGCUUCUUCAUUGACAGCUUCCAAGCUCUUCAGAGGCUGAGCGAGAGUCUACUGCAAACUGUGUGCACCUCCAUGGACAAUCAGAGGCAAGCUUUGUCUGAAAGGUUUUCGGACAUAUUUUUCCUGGUGGACAGCGGCGUGAAUCAAACCGUGUUCCAGCAGGUCCGCAGCCUCCUGCUCCGACUGGCCAACCAACUCAAAUUCGGAAUCUCGGCGCACCGCCUCGGCCUGGCUCAGUACGGUCAAGACACCAAGGUGGAGUUCCACUUGAAUACUCACCAGACCAAAGACAAGAUCAUCGCCGCCAUACGCCGCUUCUCCAAGCAUACACUGCAGCCAAACGAGCCGCGCAACCUGGGUGCAGCCUUGGAGUACGCCAGCUCACACUUCUUCACCAGCCAAGCAGGAAGCCGGGCUGACCAAGGCUUCCGACAGUUCCUGGUUGUUCUCAGUGGGAAAGAUUCCGACGACAAAGUCUACAACCAGUCCCGCUUACUCAAGUCACAGGGCGUGAACGUGGUGGGUCUGAGCCUCGGCGCGUCCAUACCGCAGAUGCGGGUCGUAGCCUCGAGUGCUUCCAAUGUCUACCAGUCCACCGCCAAUGUCCUUCCUUCUUUGAAGACAACCUUUGAAGACCACGAGCUGAAGGUCAAUCUUACUGGUGAAUGCAAAGGAGCCAAACUGGCAGACAUCGUUUUUCUCAUCGAUGAGUCCGGAAGCAUCGGAACUCCAAACUUCCAGCUGGUACGCACGUUCCUGCACUCUGUCGUUAGCGGCCUGGACGUGGCUCCGUCCAAGGUGCGAGUGGGCAUCGUGAUGUACAGUGACAAAGCGAAAGCACAGGUCUACCUCAACACCUUCAACGACAAGAGCGAGUUGCUUAGUUUUAUCAAAAUAAUGCCAUACCAUGGCGGCGGCACUAAUACAGGAGUCGCCCUCAAUUUCACACGGGAGCACGUGUUCACCAAAGAAAGAGGCAGCAGAAAGGAGAAGGGCGUCCAGCAGGUGGCGGUAGUGAUCACCGACGGGAAAUCCCAAGAUGACGUGAGCAACGCUGCGGUGGCCCUCCGUCGGGCGGGCGUCACCAUCUACACAGUGGGCGUCCAAAACGCCAACCAUGCUCAGUUGGUGAAAAUGGCGUCCCACCCCCCCAGCAAGCACAUUUUCACAGUGGACAGUUUUGCCAAACUACAGGGGCUGGAGCAGAAGCUGCAGAACAUUGUUUGCCACAACAUCCUGCGACAAGCGGUCAGCGUUAAUAUGAGAAGAAGUAGCAUCAAGGAAGGCUGCUUGCAAACUGAUGAGGCAGACAUCUUCUUCUUGAUCGACCACUCUGGAAGCAUCGACCCCACUGACUUUUACGACAUGAAGAAGUUCAUCAUCGAGUUCAUCAGUACCUUCCGCAUCGGGCCUCAGCACGUCCGGUUGGGCGUCGCCAAGUACGCAUCUGCACCCAACUUGGAAUUUGAUCUGACGGCCUACGCGGACGCCGGAAGCCUGGAGAAGGCGGUGGAGGCCAUCGUGCAGGUGGGGGGUGGGACGGAAACUGGAAGAGCACUGGAGUUCAUGAGCCCACAGUUUGAUCGGGCCGUCGCCACUCGAGGUGAGAAGGUGCCGGAAUAUCUGGUGGUCAUCACGGAUGGGAAAUCCUCGGAUGAGGUCAAGGUGCCUGCCGAGAGGCUACGAGCAAAGGGUGUCACCAUCUACGCAAUCGGAGUGAAGAACGCCGACAUGGAUGAACUUCAUGAAAUUUCCGGUGACCCUAAGAAGACCUUCUUUGUCAAUAAUUUCGACGCUCUGAACCCCAUCAAGGAUGACAUCAUCACUGACAUCUGCACCACAGAUGUUUGUAAAGAUGUACCCGGAGACCUCCUGUUCUUGAUUGACAGCUCUGGGAGCAUCUACCCACAGGAGUAUGAGAAAAUGAAAGACUUCAUAAAAUCUGUGGUCAGUAAGUCCAACGUCGGGAAGAACGACGUCCAUGUGGGAGUCAUGCAGUUCAGCACCAUCCAACAGCUGGUGUUCCCCCUCAACCGCCAUUUCACAAAAGACCAAAUGCUGCAAGCCAUCGAUGGCAUGCAGCAGAUCGGAGGAGAUACGCACACGGGAGAAGCUAUCGCAGUUUUAUCGCCGUACUUUGAUGCGUCCCAAGGCGGGCGCCCUAGUGUAGGGAAGAGGAUGGUGGUGGUUACCGAUGGAGAAGCUCAAGAUAAUGUCAAAAUCCCCGCUGUGGCCAUGAGGCGCAAGGGUGUCGUGGUCUAUGCCAUCGGGGUGGUGGACGCUAACACCACCCAGCUGCUGGAGAUCAGCGGAUCACCAGAACGCGUCUACGCCGAGAGGGACUUUGAUGCGCUGAAGGACUUGGAGAGCCAGGUGGCUUUGGAGAUCUGCGAUCCAGAAAGAGAGUGCAAGAAGACUGAGAAGGCAGACAUCAUCUUCCUGGUGGAUGGCUCCACAAGCAUCACCUUGGACAAGUUCAAAAGCAUGCAAAAGUUCAUGUCAUCCAUGGUCAGCCAAACCACGGUCGGUAAAGACCUAACUCGCUUUGGAGUCAUUCUGUUUUCCUCAGACCCCAAAUCAGUUUUUACUCUCAACCAAUACGAGUCCAAGCGAGAAGUUCUUCAAGCAAUAUCGGCUCUCAAGUCACCAUAUGGAGACACCUACACAGGAAAAGCCUUGCAAUAUGCUUUGUCGUUCUUCAAUGCCGAGUACGGUGGUCGGGCAGCGUUCAAUGUGCCUCAGAUUCUGAUGGUAAUCACAGACGGUGAUGCCACAGAUCGGAACAAUCUGCGUCAACCAUCCACCGCACUAAGAGAAAAAGGCAUCAGCGUGUUCAGUAUCGGAGUGGAGGGUGCCAUCAGGAACCAGCUGGAGAUCAUGGCUGGGCAUGACUCAAGCAGAGUCUUCUACGUGGACAAUUUUGACGCUCUGGAAACUUUGGACAAGAACAUCACAAACGUUCUUUGCAACUCCACAAAACCAGCCUGCGAGAAGCAGAAAGCCGACCUGAUCUUCCUGAUCGAUCAGUCGGGCAGCAUCCGCCCUCAAGACUACACCAUCAUGAAGAGCUUCACCACACAACUGGUGGCCAGCUUCAAAGUCAGCCAGGACUUAGUACGCGUCGGACUGGCGCAGUUCAGUGACAUUUUCCAGCACGAGUUCUACCUGAACCAGUUCUUCACUUACGAGUCGGUGACCAAGCACAUCAUGGGUAUGAACCAGCGCGGCGGGGGAACCCUAAUCGGACUCGCCCUGGAUGCCAUAAGGGGUCACUUUGAGGACUCGCACGGCUGCCGCCGGUCAGCCGGUGUCUCCCAGAACUUGGUGCUGAUCACGGACGGCGAGUCCCAGGAUGAGGUGCAGGAUGCCGCGGACCGCCUCAAAGCUCUCGGGGUGGAGGUGUUCGUCAUCGCCGUUGGUGACGUCCACGACCUGCAGCUCCUGCAGAUCACAGGCACCCACGACAGGCUCUUCACCGUCGAGAACUUUGAUAGUUUGGACAGGAUCAGACAAAAGGUGGUCGACACCAUCUGUAAAUCCAAACCUUCCAAAGAGCUGUCAAGCUGCAGCAUCGACAUCGCCAUGGGUUUCGACAUUUCUCAAAGAACUGGACUUCCCGGUGAGAUGUUGGUCAGCGGUCAUAGCAAGCUCAGGACCUUCUUGCCCGAGAUCGUCCAUUACGCUUCCACCAUCCAGGGGCUGUGCUGCACCAGCCCCGCCCCGAUCAAGACCAAAAUCGGUUACAGGGUGGUGGGCCAGGACGGCCGACCCCUCUACGACUUCAAGUUCAAACCCGACGACCCCAGCGAUGACGUGAUGACCAAGGUCAUGACUUUGAAUUUGAACGUUCCCACGCGCCUCAACAGCGCCAUGCUCAGGUCCUUCGGGGAGAAGUUUAAGGACGACUCCCGAGGUGGAGUGAAGGUUCUGAUCAUCUUCUCAGAUGGGUUAGAUGAAGAUGUGGUGAAACUGGAGUACGAGUCAGACCUGCUGCGCCAGUCUGGUGUGGACGCACUGCUGAUGGUGGGCCUGGAGGGGGCGCCGGACCUGGCUCAGCUGCAGAUGUUGGAGUUCGGCCGAGGGUUUGGCUACAAACUUCCGCUCAGCAUCGGCAUGCAGAGUGUGGGCAGCACCGUACUCAAGCAGAUCGACACGGUGUCCAACCGCAAGUGCUGCAACGUCAUGUGCAAAUGUUCAGGACACGAAGGCGUCCGCGGAUCUCGGGGUCUCCUGGGGACAAAGGGGGCGGCAGGCCAAAGAGGUUACCCUGGGUUCCCAGGAGAGGAGGGCGUGCCUGGUGAUCGUGGCGGUCCUGGACCGAGUGGACCUCAGGGGAUUCAGGGCUGCGGUGGGCUCCGAGGACCGAAGGGCUACCGAGGCCUCCGAGGCAAUCGGGGCGAGGACGGAGAAAUAGGGCUGGACGGCGUCAACGGGGAACAGGGUGUGUCGGGACAAGAUGGCGGUCGAGGAAAGCGAGGACAUCCAGGAAAUCCGGGCAUUCCCGGCAUCCGAGGUGAAGCGGGGCUGAAGGGACAGCGAGGCCUGAGAGGCGAUCCGGGGGAACCGGGACCGGACAACACCGUGCCGGGACCCGAGGGAGACGUCGGGAAUCCCGGUUUGCCGGGACAACCGGGUCAAGACGGGAGGGCCGGAGAAGCCGGCAUCCUCGGGAACGGCGGUCCUGAUGGAAGACGAGGACCCCUUGGGGAGAAGGGUGCCGCGGGAGCUUCUGGAGAUCCUGGCGUGUCAGGAAGUCCUGGUGCUUCAGGUCCUCAGGGCCCCAGUGGGGUCAGAGGCCAACCCGGACCAAGAGGGAUCCCUGGACUUCCUGGGCCGCAGGGGGGGCCGGGCUCAUCAGGUGGGGCGGGCUCCACGGGACGACGCGGUGGUAACGGUCAGAAGGGACAACCUGGAGAUCCGGGGGUGAGGGGGGUCCAGGGAACGUCGGGACCGCGGGGGGCGCCGGGUCAGGACGGCAGAGACGGAUACGGGCCGGCUGGACCCAAAGGCAUCAAGGGAGAUCAAGGCUUCCCCGGUUAUCCUGGUUUAGUGGGCGAGAGCGGCCUGCAAGGCUUUAUAGGUCUCCCAGGAUACAAAGGCAACCGAGGCCGUGGGGGUAACUCAGGUCGUCCUGGGGACGCAGGUCAGCCCGGUGAGCCAGGUUACGAAGGACACAAGGGCCCUCGAGGUUCCCCCGGAGGUAAAGGCAAGACGGAGUGCGAGCUGAUCACGUUCAUCCGCGACAACUGCGCUUGCGCCACUGACUUGGGCUCUUGCCCCGCCCUCCCCACGGAGCUGGUGGUGGCGCUGGACAUGUCUGAGGACGUGACACCGGUGGCCUUCGAGCGCCAGCGCGGGGCGCUCCUGUCCCUCCUGGAGGACAUCACCGUGUCCGAAAGCAACUGCCCCACGGGGGCCCGCGUGGCCGUGGUGGCGUACAGCGCCCACACCAAGUACCUGAUCCGCUUCCACGACUACCGGCGCAAGACGCAGCUGCUGGAGGCCGUGAGGAACGUGGCCCUGGAGCGCACGUCCAACCGGCGCCAGCUGGGUGCCGCCAUGCGCUUCGUGGCCCACAACGUGCUGAAGCGCGUGCGCUCGGGCGCCAUGAUGAGGAAGGUAGCCGUGUUCUUCUCCAACGGGCCGCCGCAGGACAUCAGCGACGUGGUGACGGCCGUCAUGGAGUACCGCGCCCUGGACGUGGUGCCCGCAGUCAUCUCCCUGAGGAACGCCCCUGCCGUCAGUCGCGCCAUGGAGCUGGACGACACGGGAAACUCCAUCUUCACUGUGCUGGGAAGGGACGCUGCCGCCAACCUGAGGAAGGUGAAGAACUGCGCCAUCUGUUACGACCCAUGCCGCCGUGGGCAGGAGUGCGCGUUCAUCCAGGAGACGCCGGGCCCCCAGCAAGUGGAGGCGGACGUGGUGAUGCUGGUGGACGGCUCCCGCGAGAUGCAGGCCGAUGAGUACGCCGGCGCCCAGCAACUUCUGGGCUCCGUGGUACAGCAACUGGCGGUCAGUCCCGAGCCAGGUCGGUCCGACACCCGCGCCCGCGUGGCCGUGGUCCAGCAGAGCGGCGCCCGCGGCUCCAAGGUGGAGUUCGGCCUGCGGGCCUACCAGGACCGGCGCCUCAUGAGCUCACACCUGCUACACGACAUGCGCCAACAGGGCGGCUCCUCCGCUCUGGGGCAUGCCCUGAACCUCGGCCUGAGGGAGGCGAUGACAGCCGGCCACGCCCGCAGGAGCAGGGUGCUACUGGCCGUGGUGGGCACCCGGACGGCGCCUGAGGACCGGGAAGUGCUGCGCGCUGCUGCCCUGAAGGCCAAGUGCCAGGGGGUGGCGCUGUUCGUGGUGACGGUGGGCGAGCGCUACGACCGCGAGGAGGUGGAGGCUUUGGCCAGCGAGCCCACACAGCAGCACCUGCUGCACCUGGGACGACUUCAGCACGAAGAGCAGGACUACGCAAGAAGGUUCUUCAGGGUCUUCAUGGCCGCGCUCAACAAGGGCUUCAACUCAUACCCGCUGCCAUCUUUAAAGCACAUUUGCCAGCAGACGGGUCAAGAUGGAGGACAGAUCCUUGUUGACGGUCAGGGGUACGCGGAAGAGUUUGCCGACCAGCCGCAGGAUAAGCCAAGCGACCAAUUUCAGGAACAGACGGGACAGAUGGACGCCGUCCACAUGCUGAGCCCAGAAGAAGACGACGAACUGAUGCCGCAGUCGACCGACGCCAACCCCGCAGACCCCUGCCUGCUGGGCAAGGACACGGGCGGCUGCGAGGACUACGUCAUGAUGUGGUUCUACGACAGCAAGCGGCGGCAGUGCGAGGGCUUCUGGUAUGGCGGCUGCGGUGGAAACGCUAACCGCUUUAGCACCCUGGAGGCCUGCCAAGAGGCCUGCGUGGCUGACACGGCCUGAACGGGGACCUGCAGCCAAAUGUGACAUUUUUCCAACUUGAAACCUUCUCAACUUGAUUGUUAUUGUUUACGUGCUCGUGUGACCUGACCAACAUUCAUUCAUUGUUUUAUGUACGCUAACGUUUGUCCACUUUGCAUUCCAAAACAUUCCAGAAAAUUCGGGUUUCCUACUGUCUCUAUAAUCCUGCCCCCUGGUGGGCAAGGCACACACACUAGAAUGAGGAGCACAAUGUCCAUUGAUUAUCAUGAUGCGCAUACUGUUGAACGGGAGCUCAAACUUGACAUCAUAAUUGUUAGUAUUAAUGAUUAUACAGUGAAUCCCCGUUUAUCACAGUAGGUUCCAGAACCAUCCGGAAUAGUUGAAGUGCGAUAUAAUGAGACCAUUUAAAAACUACAAUUGGUUGUUGUUUUAUGUGCUUGUGUGUUUUGUGUCAUUCCUGCUAUGGAGUACAUGGCUGUUUGCAUUGAAUUUGCCCCGUCGGACACCGCAAAAAAAAAAAAAUGUUUUAAAAUAAAGUUUUACC